AUGUCUCCCACCAAGCCGCAGCACAUCAGCGGCGAGUUCGUGAUCACUGACGACGACAACGGUGCGAACGCGUCGAGGUUCAACUUCGAGCCCGGCUCCGAGCCGGCUCUCGAGCACCUCGAGGCUCUCAUGGACAGAUUACAGGAGCACGAGAAGGCUCUGGGACGAGUCCAUGAGGGCCAGGAGGCGGUGCUUCGGGUCCAUCUCUUUGUCCCAUCAUCCUUGAGACUCUUGUCUUUUCAACACACAUCACCCAGCCCAGAGACCAUGUUUUCCGUCCGAUCUCACUCAGGGCCUUCCUUUCGUCCCAUCUCCAACAAUACCCUACUCCUUUAG